UGGUAGAAACGCAUCUCUGUAUUCGUUCUUCCUUUUCCUUGCUUGCAUGGUGGUUAGCUCCAUCGUGGGUCGGUUAAAAUGGGACGCCGACCAGCAAGAUGUUACCGGUACUGUAAAAACAAGCCGUAUCCAAAAUCCAGAUUCUGUCGCGGUGUGCCAGACCCAAAGAUCCGCAUUUUUGAUCUUGGAAAGAAGAAGGCGUCUGUCGAGGACUUUCCAUUAUGCGUUCACUUGGUGUCCGAUGAGUACGAGCAGCUUAGCUCUGAGGCUCUAGAAGCCGGACGUAUUUGUGCUAACAAGUACAUGGUGAAAAAUGCUGGAAAAGAUCAGUUUCAUAUUCGUAUGAGACUCCACCCGUUCCAUGUUAUUCGCAUCAACAAAAUGUUGUCGUGUGCUGGAGCCGAUAGGCUUCAAACUGGAAUGAGAGGUGCCUUUGGUAAGCCGCAAGGCACUGUGGCUAGGGUACACAUUGGUCAACCCAUUAUGAGCGUGCGUUCUUCUGACCGACACAAGGCGGCCGUCAUUGAAGCUCUGCGACGUGCUAAGUUCAAGUUUCCUGGUCGCCAAAAGAUUUAUGUGUCGAAGAAGUGGGGCUUCACGAAGUACGAUCGUACAGAGUAUGAGGAACUGAAAGUGGCGGGCCGCCUUGCCCCGGACGGCUGCAAUGUCAAGUAUCUGCCUGAGCAUGGACCGCUCGAAGAAUGGAAGAAGUUCAGGAAGGUACUUGCUGCGGCUUAAAUAAGCAUUGAAGAUUUUGGACAUUGAAUUGAAUAAAAUGAAUAAUCAGAAAAAAA